GCUCAGUCCACAUUUUUCCACCAAGAACAAGGAAACACGGACGUGACAUGAAAACAUAAUGUUUAUUUUAAAAUUUACCUGUUUAUAGACAAGGAAGGUGAGAUGGCAACCAGCGAGCUGUCAGCAUGGGACGGCUGGUGUCCAUCACAGUUAAAAAUUGUCCUUCUUGGUGGCAGAAACUCUGGAAAGAGCUCUGUGGGGAACUUGCUCCUGGGAAAAGAAGAGUUUGUCACCAAAGAGAGGACGUCCUGCUCCCGGAGGCUGGGCAUGGUGGCCGGACGGUGGCUCACAGUGGUGGACACUCCCGGCUGGUGGUGCGACUUCAGUGUUCAGGACACAUCCGAGCUGGUGAAGAGGGAGAUCAUCAGCAGUGUCUCUCUAUGCGCACCGGGCCCCCAUGUUUUUCUGAUCACCAUCAAGGCGAGCUCAGCCUUCUCGGAGAAGCGUCGGCGGGCCGUGGAGGAGCACGUGGCCCUGCUGGGUGAGAGGGUGUGGAGUCACUGCAUGGUUGUCUUCACCUCUGCUGACAGGUCCAAACACUCAGAAGCAGAAGAGCAUGUACAAACAGGGGGAAAGGCUCUGCGCUGGCUCAGUGAGAGGUGCAGUCAGAGGUGUCACAGUGUUAUCCUGAGCGACGAUGCUGAAGUCGCCGGGCUGCUUGAGAAGAUACGGAAACUUGUCACGGAAAAUGGAAACAGAGUGUUUGAAAUGCAGGGAAACAUUUUACAGGCGGCCGCAGAGGAGAAGAGAAGAGUGGAGGAGAGAGCUCAGAGGAGGUUUAUGAGAGUGAAAAGACACAGGUCUCUCAUGCAAGAGAGGUUGCGGCCCAUUACUAAUAUCAGGAUUGUGUUGGUGGGAGCAAAGGGUUCUGGGAAGUCUUCAGCACUGAAUACAAUCCUGGGCAGAGACAGCGCCCAGCCUCUCAGGAGAACAGCUCAGUGUGCGGUUGGAGAAGGAGUGGUGUUUGGGAGAUGUGUGACGGUGGUGGACACUCCAGGCUGGUGGAUGAACUACUUCUGCGACGAGAGUACCAUCUUUGACCAGAGGGAGCUGGUGCUCAGUCUGUCUCUCUGUCCUCCUGGGCCUCAUGUCUUCCUGCUGGUGAUCCGUGUGGACAGAGCCUUCACCGAAACCUACAGGAGAGCAGCGCAGGAGCACCUCCAGCUGAUCAGCGAACGCAUCUGGAGCCGUGUCAUCGUGCUGUUCGCGUUCGGGGACUGGCUGGGAGGCACAACGACUGAGCGGCACAUUGAGAGCGAGGGAGAGCCUCUGCAGUGGCUCGUUGAAAGAUGUGGCAACAGGUAUCACGUUCUGAACAAUAAAACGAAAGGAGAUGGGUUUCAAGUCAGAGAGCUGGUUGGGAAGAUUGAGGAACUGUUGGCCGGGGACAACACUUACCAAUAUUAUGAAAUAGAGAAGAAAGCGAUGGAACAGAUGGAGGUGAAGAUGAGAAGAGAGAAAGAGAGAGCCAUGGAGAGGCUGAUGAAGAAGGAGAAACAAAGGCAGAUGGCGAGGUCUCAGCUGGAGGAGCUCAGCCGUGUCCCAGAGAUGAGGAUGGUGCUCGUAGGUGGCAGGAAAACGGGCAAAAGCUCAUGCGGAAACACCAUCUUGAGCAGAGAGUGCUUCGACACAGACACUCAAACCAUUUCCUGUGCUGAGGAACGAGGCCAAGUUAGCGGCAAGAUGGUUACGGUGCUGGACACACCGGGAUGCUUCCCUGUAACCUCUGACCUCCUCAUGGCUCCUUCAUCCUGCGCCAUCCUUCUAGUCAUUAACGUGAGCUCCUCAUUCAAAGAGACCCACAGGGAGGACUUGGAGAAACAGCUGGAGGCGGGAGGAGGCCAGAUGUGGAGCAGAGCUGUGGUCCUGUUCAGCUACGGUGACUGGCUGGACAACACGAGCAUCGAGCAGCGCAUUGAGAGUGAAGGAGAGCCGCUGCAGAGGCUUGUUGAGAAGUGUGGGAACAGAUAUCACAUCCUGGACAAUAACCACCUGGGGGACGGAGCUCAGGUCAGUGAGCUGAUCGAACUGAUAGAGGAGAUGCUGGUUGAGGAAAGGCUGGCAGAACUUCACCGAGGCGAUCACAUGUGGAAAAGUGUUUCUGCACCACAUGAGCCGGAGCCGGACGUCGUGACGCUGUGUCAGGAGGAUUUAAAGGUGUCCUGUGACUCGACUGAAUCAGCCACUUCCACGACGCAAACAUCUCUGCUCUGCUCAGAAGGUGCAGGUGCUGGUGGUCAGGUGGUGGCAGUACCAGCAGGAAGAGCAGGAGGACGGACUGGACACACCAUCCUGGACAGAGACAGCUUCACGUCCAUCUUAGCCUCUUUGCUCUCUGGUAAAAAAGGACGGAGGUGGACCGCUACAGGCCAACAGAGAUUAACAGUAAAUCUGCCCAUCUGGUUCCCUGCUGAUGAUCCUCACGGCAGCCUGAAACUGAAUGGUGAAAGCCAAGCACGUCCGUUUUCACCCACACAUCCAGCAACGCUUUUAAUUUUACCUCAAACACAGAACAGAACACUCAGGGAGGAAAAUGUCAUUACUGUGCAUUCCCUUUCCCGUCCUGUCCUGAGAGAACGGACCCUCAGGAGACUCACAGAGUCCGGAGGCUUGCAGCAGCUGAUCGAGCAGUGGGGCGACAGCAGCCUGGAGGAGCUGGAAGCCUUCAUAGACGCAUACUUCGAGAUGGUGUGGGAACAAACCAUGGGAUCAUUUCAGCCAACUGAGCCCGACUCUCCUGCCCCAGAGCACGACGCUGCGGCCGAGGAGGCUGGAGAGGAGGAAGUGCUUUCAUCCAUAGACAGGAAACUCUCAAAGCUGGAACUCCUUGAGGAGAUCAGGAGCGAUCUGGCUAAGCUGAGGGAGAGUCUGGAGCGCAGCUGGGAGGCCAUUCAGGAACUCAGGGGAAAAAGUAAACAGGGCCCUCAUAAUACAUGUUAAUACAGGGGGAAUUAAGAAUGAAAGAUGGAAGAGGUAUUAACUGUAAUUGGCAUUUAAAAUUAUAUUAACUACAUUUACCCAAGUACUGUGACCAAGUACAAUUUUUAAGUACUUGUAUUGCAUAAGGAGUACUUUUACUUUUGUAUUUUGAUGCUGAUAUUUGUGUACUUUCUAAAUGCAGAGCCUCUCAACUUCUCCCACCGUUGUAGUUUUGUUAUGAUAUUUCCCCACAAGGGGGAGCUCUUGUAUAAGAGUGGAUUGUGUAUAUUAUUGUAUGCUCCUGUACACUGAUCCACCAGACUCCAUUUGUUUUUCUUAGAAAUCUUGAAAUAGAUUAAAGAAAGUGAGUUUGAUGGUUAGUUGCCUCUAGGCACCACAAUGAAUAAUGGAAGCUGCCUUUGCAAUUACAUUUUCUCAUUUUCUCCAAUAUACACAAGAUACACUACGAUAUGU